CUUUCAUAUUAAAUUGAAGAAAACAUUCAAUACGUUUAGUUAAAUGUAGUUAAUACAGUGUGAUAAUAUUCAUAAAAGUAUUGAUGUAACAUUUAAAUAUAUAUCCAUAAACAAAAGAUAGUUGAAUUAUGUAAAUAUCCAGUAGAAUAUUAAAUGCAAUAAAUGCAAAAAGUGCAAUAAAGCAUGAAAUUGGUCGAGUAGGAAAUUCAUAUAACCCGCUUAGAAUUAUUUUGUUGCUAUACUAGCACACCUAUGUCCAAUAAUAUACAUUAUUAUGGAGUGUAAUACGGGUAUAUACAUUUAGCUUUUUGAUUUGUCUUUAUUUACGUUAAUAUAAAUGAAGAUAGAUAUCUUAUUAUUGUCGUGUUGAAUAAUAAUUAGUGGAAAUAUAAUUUCUUAAAUCUCCGUGAAGGAUGGAUUUGUUAGGAUCUAUUCUGAACUCUAUGGAAAAACCUCCUACAGCGAGCAACAGACAAAAGGCAUUAAUAAAAAAACAACAAGAGGAGUAUCAAAAGCAUCAAAAAGCAGAAUCCGAAAGGUUGAAGAGUUUUCGAAAGAAGGUGGAAGAAAAAAUAAACAAAUUUCUUCAGGAUGACACCGCCAAAGAAUACAAAUUUCUUCCCAUGGAUCAGAUUCACAGAAGUAUAAUACACGACGUUGCUGAAGUUGCUAAUGUUUGGGCAUAUUCAUUUGGAGAAGAAGGCAUUGAUCGUUACAUUAUGAUCUUCAAAAGGGAACACGCUCCUUCUGAAGAUCAAUUGAAUACUCUCCGUAAGGGGGAAGAGUGGAACGAGGAUGUAGCAAAAAGAAUACAGGAAGAAAGAGAAAAACAAAUAAAAGAGGAAGAAGAGUCAUUAAACUCGAAGAAACAAAUAGAUAAUUUUAUUCCAAAUAGUUACUAUAAAGAUAAAUAUCAGCAUAUAAUUGGAAAAGAGGCGGCUUUGGAGGCUGCUAGAAAAACGGAAGCUAAUAGCAACUAUGGUUGUGUACCUAGCGAGAAUAAAAAGGAUCAACGAAGUAUAGAACAAACGUUAGCAGACAUACGUGCAAAGAGAAGAAAGGUAGAAACAAAUAAUAUUCCAACUGACGAUAAAAAGUGAAAAAGCGUGUUGUAGUCUAUAA